GUACAUUUCCAUGAAUUUUACUAAUUCAGAAGUACUCAUUCGAUAAAUAUCUCUCAGUAAAAAGUAUUCAUUCAAUGAAUAUUUCUCAGUUAAAAAUACUCAAUCGUCGAAUAUUUUCACUGAGAAGAACUUAAGAGUGCUUAAAACAAUUAUCCUGAAGGACCAGAAAACUAUAACAACACUGAAGUAUAGUAAGGGGCAACAUGUCACGGCUGCCACACAACACUUGACACUUGCUAGUGUGAUGCAUAAAUAUCUGGAAACAAGAUGUAUCUUUAAAAAAGAUACUCAGUCGAUGUAAAACUGGGUAGCCUGCAUAUUUCAAUUCUUAGUUUUCCAUGCAUUAUCUAUAGUUAUAUAGAAAUGUAAGCAUAGCUUGCAUAACAAUAGCAUAAUAAUUUCUUGUAGGGUAAUGAAUCUUGAAAAAUGGAACACUUUAUAAGAUGUAUGUGUUUCUAAACACAAUUAUCACGCGCUAAAUUGGAAAAUGUAGCUUAUAUUGCAUUACAUGUUAACCAACAUUUGUUUGUAAGUAAUUAUAUUAUUUUAAUUUCAUUCAAAUAUGCUGUUCGUAUACGAACAAUAAUGUUAUACUAUAACGAUACUUUUCAUUCCAACUGUAGAAAUGUUGUUUUUUUUCUAUACAUAAUGUCAAUAUAUUUUUUCAUCUUUACAAGCAUAAAUAGUCCACCAUCAUCAUUUCAUAUAAAUUAAAUGUACUCUUUUACGGAAAGGGAAGUAAAUAGAUAUGAUUCAUGUUUUGUUAUUUGUUUUGCAAUUGUCUAUUAUGUGUUACACAAAUAAGAUGUUGGAACCAGUUCAUCUGUAAAGAUGAGAUAUUAUAGCAUGUAAAGUAUAAAAAUAUAUUCAAUUCUCAAGACAUUUUGAAAAGAAUAUUAAAGAGGUGUUUGAAAUUUUGUUAAAUCGAACGUAAUAUUCAGAUAUAAAGAGGUAUUUAUCAAUUUGUUUCAUAAGUUUAUUGACAUUUACACUAUAAUUAUAGAAGAUAUUCAAGUUUAAAUGUUGUAAAUGAUUGUAUAAUAUUUUGUGAGAUGGGAGGGCCCUAUUGAAAGAAAAAACUCUGUAUAAGCAAACGCAAUUAUUACAACUAUUUAUUUAUUAAGUAUUUUCUUCAGAAUCUCUUCAUGUGUUUUCCAUGUGUUAGCAGGACAUUACAAAAAAAAAACACUGAAAAACAACAACAACAAAAAACAUUAUUUUCACAUAUACGAGGGUUUUCGCAGAAGUAAAGAGACUUUUGUCAUAACUAAUUUAAUUUCUUUCACUCGUGUCAAUGUCUCUGCUUAAAUAUAGUUUAAUAUGUAAACCAUAUUAAAGAACGCUCUACAUCGAAAUUCUUUUUUCUUUACUUAAAAAUUCGAAGCGUUUCCAAGGUUUCUAACGGCGCACAAAAUUUUGUAUGACGCCAAGGGUAAAUUUGCCCACUAAAAACCUGACAAAGACCUUAUAACGUCACGUUUUGUACGUCAGUCUAUAGGAGACAAACAGAGAGACGGACGCCCUACCAAUCUGCGAUUAACCAUCUUAAGGCAGAUAAGAGAAAAGAUUGCCUAGGACUGAAUGUUUACAGUAAGAAGUUUAGCCUCAGCACUUGGUACAUCAAAGGAUGCAGUUGUUCGGAUACUUGAAGAUCUAAACAUGAGCAAACUGAGCGCUAGAUUGGUACCACGACUUAUAAACGACCAAAUGACCCAGCGACUGAUGUCAUCGUCAAGAUUUCUGGAGCGAUAAGAGGAAAUAUGCGAUGCGUUCCUAGACAGGAUAGUCACCCAGGGUGAAAUUUGUCUUUGAAAUUAUGACCCAGGAACAAAUGCCGACUCGUCUAUUCGGAAAGCUACAGGAUCACCACCGCCGAAGAUGGGUGUGACGAUCAGGUGGCAGGCACAUGUGAGUCUUCUUUAGUGUUUAAUUAGAUAGAUAUAUUUCGAAAUGGUUACAAUUAGUACAGAAAGUGAGAAAAAAAUGGGCCCCACGCCACACAAAAUGUGUUCGCUCUGGCGUAGACUACGUACAGAAGACGUAGCACGCGAAGUCAUCUGUGCCGUAAGUUUUUGUGCUUCGUGUUUCAGUCAGUGAUGUGUGUAUUUAGUAUGUAGAUCUUUUAAUAUUCCUUGUAUUUCUACGAAUGAUAUUAAAAUAUGGCACUUUAGCCAUGUUUUUUAUUUUCUUUUGAAAUUAUUUUUUUUAUCAUUACUAAAUGUACAAAAGUUAUCUCGUUACUUCAGCGACAACCCUCAAACAAACUUACAAAAAGGAACAUGUUUUUCUUGAAUUUUCAUUCUUUUCACAUAUAUUUUGAAUGAAACGUGUGUCAUAUGUACAACUUUAUCCAUACCAUGCCAUUAAAUCUAACCUGUUUGCUUUCCUUUCAAGCGAUAAAGUUUCUUAGUUUCAAAUUGUAUUAUUCAUUAACAUUCUCAAAGUGCUGAAUUAUGACGUCUAACGAUGAAACCAAAGAAUUUAAAGAAGAAAGCCAGAGUUUCGUUCUAAAGAAAGUCGGCAAGUAUUGGAUCCUAAAAACAAAUACUUCCUCAAAACGUCUUGCAUUUCUUGAUGAUGCUAAGAAUGUUAAAAUUGACGAUAAGAUUCUAAUAGCAGAUGAACGAUUAUUUGAAAUACACAAAAAUGAAAAAGGUGAAUGUUUAUUUUGACAUCUUGAGGAUGUUGCCUGCGAGACCUAUUUUUCUGUGACUGAAAGCACAUCAAGAACAUUCUGGAACAAAAAAGAUCCUCCGGAAGCACCAAUAAAGACGAACAAAGACAAUAAUGAAAUGAAUCUUUAUGAUAAUUCUAAAAAUAAACAAAUCCAAAUUCAGCUUGAAAAACCAAGUGCACGUCGUGUAAAUGAAGAUUAUUAUGAGGAAAUUGAUUUAAAUAAGGGUGCAACAGGACAUUUUGAAUUAGAACAUUAUUCUUUGCCUCAGACCGAUAAUGAAAUUCAGCAUUUGGACACACUACCAAAGUCUUCUUCUGACACUAAUAGCUGUCAUGAGGAUUUAAACAUUGGAUCUUUUAGUGAAUUAAAGAUUGGGUCAGACAGUGAUUUAAACAUUGGGUCUGCAGCCGAAAUGAUGGAAGGACACGAGAAGUAUGAUUCCGUGGAGGUUGGUAGUACGGAAGUAAAUAGUGAUAUAAAUGUUGUAGACAUGACACAAACAACAUCUGGAGGAAAUCAACAUGAUGAGUUUCAAGUAAUCAUUGAACCAUCACAACUGACAAAGAUGUGUGCUAUGGAAGGGGAGAUGACGCUAUCGGUAAAAGAUACAGCUCUCUAUUUCAAAGAUAAGAAAAUGGGAAUCACAAAAUACUGGUUUCCGUUUUCUUGGAUAAGACGUUUCGAGAGUUACAAUUCAUUUUUCAGUUUUCAAGUUGGUCGAAAAUGUCCGAAUGGAGCAGGAGAUGUGAUCUGUAUAACUAAAAAAGCCAGACAAAUUCAUAAGAAGUGUAUUAAAGUUAAUAAAGAUAGAAUAGCAAGUAUGAAAUGAGAAUAUUAUAAAAUAUGUAAAUGUCCCGUCGCGUGAAAACACUAAGUUUGAUUAAAAAAACAAAGAAAAAACAACAACAACAACAAAACAAACAAACGAGGAAUCCCCCAAAAUUAUAUUACAUUAUAUAUGUAUAUAUAUUUCAACAUGAUGUCAUUUGCGUUACAAAAGCAUAGUGUUAAGACGCGCUAAAUUUUAGCGUUAUACUAUAGACGCGUCAAUGAAAAUGUUCUUUUUCACUUCAAACGGUCUCUUUUUGGUAUGUGAUAGAUAGAGUGUUAAAUUCGCGUAAGUUCAUAAUUUAUUGCACUCGUUGAAUAAAAUAAUAUUAUGCUCUCGACAGAGGCACGCGGAAUAUAAUUUCAUUCAAUUCGUUUAAUAAAUUCGGUUUGAAACUUACACUUAUUUAAUAUCCUCUAUUUAUCAAAUUGCAAUCAUUUACUUGACACCAAACUCGCGAUAGCACAAGUACACUGUUUGAACCCUUCGUAUAAUAGUGCGCAUUUUCACUCGAUGAAUAUUUCUCAGUAAGAGGUACUUCCUGGAAGAAUGUUUUUCAGUAAGAAGUUCUCAUUUGAUAUAUAUAUUACUAAGUUAGAUGUACCCUGCCGAAUAAAUAAGUUAAUACACAUAAAUUAAUAUUAGUAAUUCAGAAGUGCUCAUUCGAUAUAUAUAUCACUCAGUUAGAAUAUCUCACUCGAUGAAUAUAUGCUAUAUAAUAGAAGUACCCAGAAAAUAAUUCAUAUAAUAUAUAUAAAUUAAUAUUAAACUAAUUCAGAAGUACAGUACUCAUUCGAUAUUUAUCACUCAGUAAGAAUAACUCAUUAAUAAACAUCACUCCAUAAUAAUUACUACUCGAUGAACAUUUCUCAGAAAGAAGUAUCCACUCGAUGAAUACUUCUCACUGAGAAGUACUGAAUUGAUGAAUAUUAACCAGGAAGAAGUAUACUCCCGUGAAUAUAAUUUAUUCAGACGUACACAUUCAAUAUAUAUAUAUCACUUAGUAAGAUGUAUUCAUUAAAUGAACAUUUCUCAGUGAAAAAUACUCAAUCGUCGAAUGUUUUCACUAAGAAGUACUUACUGAGAAAAGCUCCAUUGAUAAAUUACUAAAUAACCUCGGUUUGAUUGAAUCAAUACAUGAGGGAUAAUGAAGAGGUACAGAAUCCCUCACGCCCCUAGCACCGACUUGAGCAGUAUACUUUUCAGAACUUAAAAGUGCUGGAAUCAAUUAUUCUGAAGAACCAGAAAACUGUAACAACACUGAAGUAUAGUAAGGGGAAAAAUGUCACAGCUGCCAUACAACACUUGACACCUGCUGUUGUGAUGCAAAAAUAUCUGGAUAAAAAGAUACACUGGAUAACUUGCAUAUUUCAGUUCUUAGUUUUCCAUGCAAAGUUAUAUAGAAAUGUUAGCAUAGCUUGCACACCAAUAACGUAAUAAUUUAUAGUAGGGCAAUUAUAAGAAUAAGCUUACAAAUGAACUAUAAUGUAGAAAUAAAUUACAAUGUAAAUUGUUUUGUGUCUAGAAUUAUAUUAUGUCUACCACUAAUCGUCACUAUUUCUUUAUUCAACAUGAGAAAUUGUUCAUGCCUUUACAAAUUAGAUAAUACAUGUUAAUACCUAUUGCUUUAUAAUAGUUAGUAUAGAUAGCACCACCUCAGACAAAUACAUUGUA